AUGUUAGAUAACUCGGAAGACAUAGUUAUAAUUGAUAAUGAAAGACUUACAGUGGGUCAUUUAAACAAGAUAAAAGCAUUUGCAGCAAACGGUACCGCCCAUUACCCUAUAUCGACACUUAACGCACAUUUACUUAGCGGAUGGAAAUGGAAUACUAUCGUAGGGUACAAUGCGGCUGUUAAAAAAUUCAUAUUUUUCAAAAACCUGUCCGGCAACCAUAACUUCAAGUUACCGGCGUCGGACAAAGAUAUUGAAGACUUCUGUUUUUGGGCAGGACGAAAUUUGUAUCUAAACAACUCUUAUAAAAUUUUGGCAGGAUCUAUUAAAAAGUAUCUUUGCGGUCUAAAAGCCUGGCAUACUUUUCACGGGGUAGAAUACCCAGACGUAUCGGACAAACGGAUAGAACUACUACUGAAAGCGUCCUCAAAAGUCGAUGCAACAUUACCAACUAAGCCGAAGAAGCCACCGAUAAUGUUGAAACACCUGAUUUGGCUGUCGAAUGCAUUAUUCCCUGGCGGCGAUAUCGACAGAACGAUUAUGGAUCUGGCAAUCGUCGCAUUCUGGGGAAUGGCUAGAAUUGGAGAAUUCACAUACGAAAACACUCUGGGCGAUCUCAACAAGGAGAAUUCGAUUUUAACGUCGGAUGUACGAAUCAUCAAAUCAGCUAUUGGAGAGAAAGCGAUUUUGACUGUUCGCAACGCUAAAACGGCACAACCAGGGAAACCACAACAAAUCAUCGUACAUAGUUUAAACAACAUGAUAUGUCCUGUUUUAGCGAUUAAAAGAAGACUAGAUGAAGCGAAUGGUAACGAGACGUCUUUAUUUGGUUUUUAUCGAGAAGGCACAAGACGUCACUUAACGAGGACGAUUGCUGUCAACAGGAUCAAAUUAGUUUUACGAACAGGAGGUUUCGAAGGCCUACUCGGCCAUUCCUUCAGGGUCGGAGGCGCUUCAUUACGCUACGCAUUAGGGACACCAGUAGAAGAAAUAUGUCUGUUAGGAAGAUGGAUAUCAAAUUGUUAUAAGCUUUAUAUUAGGGAAUACUCGGAUGAAGAUACACAAGAGAGUAAAAGAAUUAUAUCAGAGCUGAACGAGUUGUGGGAAGAGGAUUAA